UAAUAUGGGUAUAAGAAAUAACAGCCAUGGAAAGGUUGAUAAAGAAACUCAAUCACCGCUGCUGAAGAUUUUUAAGGAAAUAAUGACAAGAGAGAAAGAUGAUCCAGAAAAGAGGAAUCUCCUAAUGGAGCAGAAAGAAGAUAAAAAGAGAAGACAGUACUCUGGUUCCAGAAAUAAGAUAGAGCGUGUCUCCCAAAAAUUGGAACCAGCCGGCCACAGCCCACAAAUUUUCGAUGAUCAAUCAGCGAUCACCAAGCCGCCUGCCAAGCGAGAUGAUUUGACAAACACCAUUUUAAGAGAGAGGCCUUUGUUCAGCAGUAGGUCCUGCGAGUCCAGCAGUUCAGAGCAGCGUAAAAGAGGAACGCCAUACAAAACUUCUUCUAUUGAUCAGAGAGGUGAAUUCCCACAAAACAGGACUCGAAGCUUGGUCAGUCUGUAUGCUAAACGGCCCUACCUAAGUGAGAAAAAGGAAAGUUGGUGGUGUUGGAACAAUAAAGACGAUAAAGAAAAAGAGAAACCGAAGAAGCCGCAAUCGAACGACGAUACCUGCUCAUGCGUCUCAUGCGCACUAAGAAAAAUCGUCGGCUCAGAAUACGCCUGCAUUGGCUGCCUUCUCCUUCUGUUCGCGAUAUCCAUCUUCAUCGCUUACCUGGUCGUCUGCAAGGGUGUGCCAGGCUUUGGCGAUGACGGCUGUAAGCUAAAAACCACGACAACGUCGACCACAACUAAAUGCAAAAAGUCUGUUGACAGUGAGCGGUUGAAGCGGAAGAUAGAACAGCUUAAUGGGAACCGGCUGAAUAAUGAUUAUCCCGGUUUAAGUGACUAUGAGAAGGAUUUGUUAGUAUAA